AGGCGGAAGGAGCGAGGUCUGGGGAGUGCAGUGUGGAGACCGAGGACGGCCUAGUGGCGGACGGACGUGUGACGAACAGCCUCGGUGGUUGUUGGCUCUCGUUUGCAUUCCGGCUCUCUAAUAAUAUUAAUAUAAUCGAUUCUCACCCUCGCCACCUGUAAUCUUCCUCUCCUCUAGAUUCCCUCCUCUCAGAAUUCCCCUCCAUCAGAAUCUUCCCUCCCGAAUCCACUGCAAGAAAUCUGGCUGGAUUCCCAGGAUCCUAUCCCCCUUAGAACCCACCUCCCUCGAGAGUCCUCUCCCGGAAUCCUUUCUCCCCAGACACCCCGCCCCCAGAAUCUACCUUUCUUUCAUCAGAAUUUGCCUCCUUCCUGAGCCUCUGUCAGAAUCUCCGUCUGCCAUAAUCCUCUCAGAAGCCCAUCCCCAAAUGCCCCUCCUCAGAGCCCUCACCCUAGACUCCUUUUUCCCUAACUCGCCCUCCGCUCAGGGUCCACUUCACCCCAGCCAGCCUCCCCAGAAUCUUCCUCUCCUCAGGACCCGCCACCCCUGGAAUCUCCCUCCUUCAGAAUCUCCCUCUCCCAGCAAAUCCCAGGACACCCACCCCCAGAAUCCCCUUUUAGAAAAUCUUCCUCUCUCCCAGAGACCCCUCCCUCAAAAUCUACCUUUCCCCAGAAUUUACUUCCCUUUAGAGACUCCUCCCAAGCAACUGCCUCCCCUGGAAUUUUCCUUUCCUUAGAAUUCCCCUCUCCUCAGAGCCAUCCCGCCAGAAUUCCCCUCUUCAGGGUCCCUUUGUCCAGAAUCCCCCAAAUCAUCUCUUUAUUCUCCCCAAUAUCACCUUCCACACUAGCCUCCUCCCCACUGAAUUCUCCACCCCCAGCCCCCCAAGUCCCAUCUGAGGAACCCCAAGAUUGUCCCCUGUUUCCUCCCCAGAUGCUCCCCCCCCCAGAUUCUUCCCAGCCAAGAGGCUCCUCUCUUAGGGCCAGAGGGAGCCCACAGUUGCCUCAGUUUCUCUGGCAGCACAGGGUCUGGGUCCAAGGUUCAAAGGGGUGUGGUGGCCACAGACGGUGGAGACUGGAGAGCAGGUCUGGGGCCACAGAGAAGAGCCUCCAGCCCAGAGUCCAGCUCCAAAAGGAAACCUUGGCUGGGGCCAAAGAAAGCCUGGGAGUGAACAAGGUGCCCAUGUGGCCUCUCUGGACCAUCCUCCUGCUCAUGCAGCUCUGGGGGAGCCUAGGAGCCCCCCUCUGCCGGAGGGAGCCUUUUUACUUCCUUGUUGCUAUCAUGAAGAUGCUGGGAAACAAAAAUGAUGGCACUCUCUACACUUCAGAUGAUCUCUCGGUGUGUCCUGCUGAGACUCUAGGCUGCUUCAGGCUGGAGCUGUCUGUGAUUGGGUUUGAGGAGGGCCCAUCUGUGGGGACUGCUGUGUUCCGGCUACAGCGCCUGCUGGAUGCUCUGGGGUCCCAGCUGUGGGUGGCCAGCCAGGGGCCUUGCCUGCCUUGUGAAGUACAUCCCCAGAGGUCUGUCCCCCUCUUCCUGGCCAAACUCUUGGAGUUAUUACAGAGAGCUUGUGCUCGGCACCUGCCCACAGCAUGAACCCUGGAGGACGUAGACUCCCAGGCCAGAGGACCUCACCUGGAGCCCCAGGCGCCAAGGGGAAGAGGUGAGAAGGAGGAGGAAAAUAAGGUGACAUCUGAAGUCUCUGUCCUCCUGGGGCAGGGGUUGGAUAAAUUGCCCCCCACCUGCCCCCAUGCUUGUCUUUUUUCAGAUACUCCCUCUUCUCUCCUCUUCCAAGAAAGGACAAAGCAGUGCACAGGUGUCCUCUAGCCUCACCCCCAUCCCUUGAGGAUAGGGAGAGUCCUGUGGCUCACAUCCCUGGCUGCAAAUAAUUACCACCUGGACAACUUUCAAGUCAUACUCAUUGCCAGACCCCAGCCCAGAGAAUUUCAUAACUGGUCUCUGGUAGAGCCUGAGCAUCUAUAUUUUUAAAAUAAACUUUACUGAGGUAUAAUA